UUUAAAUCUUUAGAAACUAGCAAAUCAAGAUAGAAGAUAGUGUUUUAAAUUUCGAACAUGGCUUCUUCUUCUUCUUCUUCCUCUUCAUCUACUACUGCCUGGAUGUAUGAUGUUUUCUUGAGUUUUAGAGGAGAGACACGAAAAUCCUUUACUGAUCAUCUUUAUGAAGAUUUGCGUCAGGCUGGAAUUAACACCUUUCGAGACGAUGAAGAAAUUCGAAAAGGUGAGAACAUCUCUGCUGAGCUAUUGAAGGCCAUCGAGGGGUCCAAGAUAUCCAUCAUCGUAUUUUCCAAAACAUAUGCCCAAUCCAGAUGGUGUCUUGAUGAACUAGUGAAGAUUCUAGAUUGUAAGAAAAAUUUGCAACAGGUGGUUCUGCCAAUAUUCUACAACGUUGAUCCUUUAGAGGUUCGUAAACAAACAGGCGAAUUUGGUAAAGCAUUGGCUCGACAUCAACAACGAUUUGAUGAUCAAAAAGUUGAUGAGUGGAAAAUUGCACUCACUACUGUUGCUGAUUUGUCCGGAUGGGAUUUACAGACCAUGACAAACGGGUAUGAAUCUAAGUUCAUCAAAAAAAUUACUGAAGAGGUAAUGCGGGAAGUGAAUCGUACAUACAUUAAUGUUGCAAAGUAUCCCGUUGGAAUUGAAUCUCAUGUGAGUGAUAUACUUCAUUUAUUGCAAACUCAAAAACAUAAUGAUAUCAAGAUGUUUGGAAUUUUUGGCAUGGGUGGUGUGGGAAAAACAACCCUUGCCAAAGCCAUUUACAACUUGAGUUUUCAAAAGUUUGAAAAUUGUUGCUUUAUCGCAAACAUUAGAUCACAAGCUUCGGAUGGGUACAAUGGUUUAGUUCGUCUGCAAGAAAAACUUCUUUGCAAAACACUGAACGGAAAGAAACUUGAAAUAGAUAAUGUUGAUGAAGGAAUAAGUUUGAUUAAAGAAAGACUGCGAUCAAAGAGUGUUCUUAUUGUUCUUGAUGACAUAGAUGACACUCGUCAACUAGAAUCAUUAGCAGGACAACGGAAUUGGUUUGGUUCAGGGAGCACAAUUAUAAUAACAACUAGAGAUGUUCAGUUGUUGAGUGACCUGGAAGCACAUGAGAAGUACAUGGUAGAAACGUUAAGCCAUGAUGAAUCCUUGCAACUGUUGAGUUGGCAUGCUUUUGGUGUUCCUAUACCAUUAGAGGAGUAUAUUGAACUAUCCAAAAGGAUAGCAAGUUAUACUGAUGGACUUCCACUAGCACUUACAAUUAUAGGUUCUCAUUUGCGUGGCAAAUCAGUGCAAGAAUGGAGUGAUGAUGCUGAGAAAUUAAAAGGGAUACCUAAUGAUGAUGUUCUAAAAAUUCUUAAAAUAAGUUAUGAUUCACUUGAUGAUGAUACACAGAAUAUCUUUCUUGAUAUUGCUUGUUUUUUUAUUGGGCAAAACAAAAAUGACACUUCUAUGAUAUUGGAAGCUUGUGGUUUUUAUGCUAAAAGUGGAAUAAGAAUUUUGAUUGAAAGAUGCUUGUUGACAACAUAUGGAGGUGGAGAGUUUGAAACGCUUCAGAUGCAUGAUUUAGUACGAGAUUUGGGAAGAGAAAUUGUUCGAAAAGAAUCUUCGCGAGAGCCGGGCAAACAAAGUAGAUUGAUUGACCCAAAGGAUGUCUUUGAUGUUCUUCCCGGGAACAAGGGAACAAAAGCAAUUGAAGGGAUGAUUGUAAAUUCUAACAUGUUAAAGAUUGUGCCUUUGAAUACUCAAAUAUUCAAAAAGAUGGUAAAGUUACGAAUACUCAUUUUGAAUGGUACGUGUCUUAGCGGAUCUUUUAAAUAUUUAUCCAAUGAGCUCAGGUUGCUUAGAUUACACUAUUGCCAUUUGAGUUGCAUACCAUCUAAUUUUCGCUGUGAGAAACUUGUUGAGUUAGACAUGAAAGGUAGCAAUAUCAAAGAAUUCCAAUGCAAUAUGCAGCAUUUUAGAUGCUUGAGGAUCUUAAAGCUUGAUAAUUGUAUACAACUUAAGAAAACUCCAAACUUCACUGGGGCACAUACUCUUCAAAAAGUAUCCUUUAGGUGGUGUUCAAAGUUGGUCAAAGUACACCCAUCAAUUGGAAGUUUGGAGAGACUUGUUGAGUUAGAAAUGCAAGGUUGUAAUAUCAAAGAAUUCCAAUGCAAUAUGCAGCAUUUUAGAUGCUUUAGGAUCUUAAAUUUUGAUACAUGUGAACAACUUAAGAAAACACCAAACUUCACUGGGGCACAUGCUCUUCAAAAAGUAUCCUUUCAGUUUUGUUCAAAUUUGGUCGAGGUACACCCAUCAAUUGGAAGUUUGGAGAGACUUGUUGAGUUACAUUUUGAAAGGUGCAAGAAACUCAAGGUGCUUCCGAGUAGCAUUUGCAACUUAAAAUCACUUGAAGUUUUAGAUUUAGAUUAUUGCAAAAAACUGAGGGAGCUUCCAAUUGACUUGGGAAAGUUAGAGCAACUAAGAGAGUUACAUGCUUGUGAAACUGACAUCUCACAUAUACCAUUUUCUUUGGGAUGCUUGAGAAAUCUAAAGGAACUGAAUCUGCGUCAGGACACUAAGAAAUCACGUGAUGGUGUUGCUUUUUUUGCACCUUCAGUUGCAAAUUCGUGCUCCUUUGAAGUUAUUGAGAAUUUGACCUCAUUGGUAUCUUUAAAUUUAUCAGGAAGAAGUUGUAAUCUUCAAAGCUUACCCUUCCGCCUUUGUCAUCUUUCAAACUUGAAAGAUCUUGGCUUGGAGGAUUUCCAAAAUCUUAGAGUGCUUGUAGAACUUCCUCCUAGUUUGGUGAGGCUCUCUGCAAACAAUUGUGUCUCAUUGGUGAAAAUAGUAACUGUAUCAAACUUGAAGAAACUUGAAAUGUUGUGUCUUGAAAACUGUAAAAGUUUGGUUGAGCUUCCAAACAUGGAGAGUCUUUCAUCCUUAGAAUGUCUUCACAUAAGCAAUUGCAAUGCUUUGAGUAUUCCUGACAAGUAUUUGCAUGAAGAAGAUUUUCCAAUUGCUCUUAGGAGUUUGUCCUCCUCGUUGAAUGAAAUAGAUUUAAUGGGAAGUUAUUAUCUUCAAAGUUUACUAUUAAGCCUUUGCCAUCAAUAUUCCAAUUUGAUGUAUCUCUCCUUGGACGAUCUGCAGAAUCUUAGAUCACUUCCACAACUUCCUCCUAAUUUGUCGCUACUCUCUGCAAAGAAUUGUGUCUCAUUAGAAAAGAUAGCAGAUCUAUCCAACUUGAAAAGACUUUGGUCACUAGAUAUUCAGAACUGCAAAAGUUUGGUUGAGCUUUUAGGCUUGGAGAGUGUUGGAUCCUUACGUAGUCUUGGGAUAGCAAAUUGCAGCGGUUUGAGGAUUCCUCCGAUUGAAAAGUGGUUCAAGGUACAUCCCUGCAGAGAUGAUAGUGUCGAUAUUUUUGUGGGAGUAGUUGACCAGGGUACAAUAGUCAGCAGUCUUUUUGUCGUGUGUCCAUUCAUUGUGAUUGAUUAUAGUGAAAUUGAUUAUGCUGAUGAUGGUCGUAAUAGAAUUGAUUUGAGUGUGAGAAGCAAAAGCAGUGGUGCUAAUUGGAUUCUGAUGGAAGCCAAACCCGAAUAUAAGUUGUCGGGCAUGUUUGAGGUUCCAAUAAUGAUGGGAGAAGAAUUGGAGGUGUAUGCAGAACUCCAUCCUUGGCAGAAGAUAUUUUGUGUAUGUGAAAUACAUAGAAACAGAGAAGGGGAAGUGCGUUUCUUUCCAUCCACAAGGGGAUGCAUUCCUUCCUAUAAUAUGGAAGAUGGAGAGAAGAAGAGGAAGAGGAAAAGGAAGGUGGAGAUAGGUAGAGGCGGACAGAGGCGUUUCCUUCCAAUCACAAGGGGAUUGAUUCCUUGUGUUAUGACCCAGCUGGGACAAGAUGGACAAANGUUAAAGAUUGUGCCUUUGAAUACUCAAAUAUUCAAAAAGAUGCAUUUUAGAUGCUUUAGGAUCUUAAAUUUUGAUACAUGUGAACAACUUAAGAAAACACCAAACUUCACUGGGGCACAUGCUCUUCAAAAAGUAUCCUUUCAGUUUUGUUCAAAUUUGGUCGAGGUACACCCAUCAAUUGGAAGUUUGGAGAGACUUGUUGAGUUACAUUUUGAAAGGUGCAAGAAACUCAAGGUGCUUCCGAGUAGCAUUUGCAACUUAAAAUCACUUGAAGUUUUAGAUUUAGAUUAUUGCAAAAAACUGAGGGAGCUUCCAAUUGACUUGGGAAAGUUAGAGCAACUAAGAGAGUUACAUGCUUGUGAAACUGACAUCUCACAUAUACCAUUUUCUUUGGGAUGCUUGAGAAAUCUAAAGGAACUGAAUCUGCGUCAGGACACUAAGAAAUCACGUGAUGGUGUUGCUUUUUUUGCACCUUCAGUUGCAAAUUCGUGCUCCUUUGAAGUUAUUGAGAAUUUGACCUCAUUGGUAUCUUUAAAUUUAUCAGGAAGAAGUUGUAAUCUUCAAAGCUUACCCUUCCGCCUUUGUCAUCUUUCAAACUUGAAAGAUCUUGGCUUGGAGGAUUUCCAAAAUCUUAGAGUGCUUGUAGAACUUCCUCCUAGUUUGGUGAGGCUCUCUGCAAACAAUUGUGUCUCAUUGGUGAAAAUAGUAACUGUAUCAAACUUGAAGAAACUUGAAAUGUUGUGUCUUGAAAACUGUAAAAGUUUGGUUGAGCUUCCAAACAUGGAGAGUCUUUCAUCCUUAGAAUGUCUUCACAUAAGCAAUUGCAAUGCUUUGAGUAUUCCUGACAAGUAUUUGCAUGAAGAAGAUUUUCCAAUUGCUCUUAGGAGUUUGUCCUCCUCGUUGAAUGAAAUAGAUUUAAUGGGAAGUUAUUAUCUUCAAAGUUUACUAUUAAGCCUUUGCCAUCAAUAUUCCAAUUUGAUGUAUCUCUCCUUGGACGAUCUGCAGAAUCUUAGAUCACUUCCACAACUUCCUCCUAAUUUGUCGCUACUCUCUGCAAAGAAUUGUGUCUCAUUAGAAAAGAUAGCAGAUCUAUCCAACUUGAAAAGACUUUGGUCACUAGAUAUUCAGAACUGCAAAAGUUUGGUUGAGCUUUUAGGCUUGGAGAGUGUUGGAUCCUUACGUAGUCUUGGGAUAGCAAAUUGCAGCGGUUUGAGGAUUCCUCCGAUUGAAAAGUGGUUCAAGGUACAUCCCUGCAGAGAUGAUAGUGUCGAUAUUUUUGUGGGAGUAGUUGACCAGGGUACAAUAGUCAGCAGUCUUUUUGUCGUGUGUCCAUUCAUUGUGAUUGAUUAUAGUGAAAUUGAUUAUGCUGAUGAUGGUCGUAAUAGAAUUGAUUUGAGUGUGAGAAGCAAAAGCAGUGGUGCUAAUUGGAUUCUGAUGGAAGCCAAACCCGAAUAUAAGUUGUCGGGCAUGUUUGAGGUUCCAAUAAUGAUGGGAGAAGAAUUGGAGGUGUAUGCAGAACUCCAUCCUUGGCAGAAGAUAUUUUGUGUAUGUGAAAUACAUAGAAACAGAGAAGGGGAAGUGCGUUUCUUUCCAUCCACAAGGGGAUGCAUUCCUUCCUAUAAUAUGGAAGAUGGAGAGAAGAAGAGGAAGAGGAAAAGGAAGGUGGAGAUAGGUAGAGGCGGACAGAGGCGUUUCCUUCCAAUCACAAGGGGAUUGAUUCCUUGUGUUAUGACCCAGCUGGGACAAGAUGGACAAAGGAAGAGGAAAAGGAAGGCGCCGAUAGACAGAGGCGGCAGAUCUAUCCGGCAGAGGCGGCAAUGGGUCAGAGUUGAUUGGUAUCACUACCCGAAAGCAAAGCCAGUGGUGCCUCAGCAAGCAUGUUGUGAAGGUGACAGUGUCAAGAUUUCGCCUGAUGAAGUGAUACAUUUGUCAGUUGCAUUGUGCCAACGCUUUCGAGGCAUGGAUUCAUUUAUAUGA